AUGGCGUACAGUGUCCUCACCAUACCUCUCAUCGUGAUGACCAUGUUCUGGGACUUCGUGGGUGUAGGGGGGUUGUUGGUGCCCUGGUUCAUCCCCAAGGGCCCCAACCAGGGAGUUUUCAUCACCAUGUUGGUGACCUGUUCAGUUUGCUGCUAUCUCUUUUGGCUGAUAGCAAUUCUGGCCCAACUCAACCCUCUCUUUGGACCACAGUUGAAAAAUGAAACCAUCUAGUAUCUCAAGUAU